GUAGACGCCGGUAGACGGCUCGGGAGGCGAUCUUUCUCCGGACAAGAGUGGCCGGAAGUGAGGCGUUUGCGGUAAGUUCGGCGAAUGCAUAGAACAUUGAGAUGGCAGAUCAGGAAUCACAUAAAAUAACCCAGGAUGGAGUUGCUCCCAACACAAUUGCAGCUUCUGGAUUUGGUCAUGGUGCUAAAGCAAGUCCAUCAGUUUCGCAAUUCAUGAUGGGCAACAAGACGGAAUCAAUAAUGUGGUUGCUUCGAAUAUUCACACUGGUGUCAACAUUCUUUUUUCUCUUUCCCGUCUUUGGAGUUGCUGAAGGUGGAUAUUUCUACCAGAGAGCAUUACUGGCUAAUGCCCUGACUAGUGCCUGCCGGCUGCACCAGAGGCUUCCCAGAUUCCAGUUCAGCAGAGCCUCUAUCACACAGGCACUUCUGGAGGAUAGCUGUCAUUACUUGCUGUACUCGCUUAUCUUUAUUACCUCCUAUCCUUUUACGUUAUGCUUGGUACCAGUAGCAAUGUUUUCUCUACUUCAUGCAACUGCGUACAGCAGGAAAGUCUUAGAUAUUAUUGGUCCUAACUCUAUGCCAUGGAUGCGAUCCUGCUUAGACAAGAUGACAAUGCAUCAACAGAUCCUGUUCAAGUUCAUCGCAUGUAAUGAGAUUCUCUUGAUGCCUGCAAGUGUCUUUAUGUUGCUUAGUGGCCGGGCUCAUAUAUUCCUCCCUUUUUUCUAUUAUCGUUUCCUGACCUUAAGAUAUGUGUCACGGAGAAAUCCUUACUGCAGGACAUUGUUUUAUGAGCUUCGAGUGGCAAUAGAGCAGCUGACAGCCAGACCUUCCUGUCCAACUUUCCUCCGAAAUGCAUGUCACAAAGCUAUGAAGGUCAUUUGUAAGCUGGCUCCAGGGUCAUAGAGUGCAAGAGCCUCCUUAACAUGAGAUAAUUUGCAAAUGGUGACAUUCGUUAUACUUAAGAAUUCCAGGGGAUAUUGUUUAUGUUGUAGUAUUUUUUUGGGUUACUUUUAAUUACUGAUGACUGAAGUUCGCGUAUUGCUAUAAUGUUUUACGUUUCUCAACUUCAGGUGAUGAGGGUUACCUUUUUAAUAGUAUGUUUGCAUUAGAUUAAUUGCUAUUAGAAUGGAUUUUAUAUAAAUGUGGGGGCACAAUUUGUUCAGAGGAUUGUGUGAAUAGUCCAUUCAUGUGCAAAACAGAUAUUGGAUUUCCAGCGUAUGUUGAUCAUCCAUUUUCUUGUUUUUUUUUCUAAAGCAAAUGUAACCUGAAUAUGCAUUAUCUUGAACAUCUCCUCUCCAUGUAAAGAAUCAGCAUUGUUGCAUUGCAAGAAUUUAAAAUAGAACUAGUAAAUAGUUUAUUUUUAAAAAUUGGUUAUUUAGUGCUAGGUCAGUGUAAACCUUGACUAAAAUUUGCAUGUUUAAUAGGUGUAAAUGUUAAAUAAGCAUAGGGCUAGUUUUUAAAUAAUUACUGUGAAGUGCACAUAAAGCUUAUUGCUCAGGCUCUUUUAGUUUGUUGGCACAAAUGACUUCCAUUUUUUCAGCUUGCCCUCAGGGAUUGAUAACUUUUAAGUUUUUGUUUAAUGAGGUUAAUAAAUUAAGCUGAUAACUGACACUUUGUAAGAAUCUUCCAAAUAAGUUACAUAGGUCAGCUUUGUUUACCAGUGGUCUGUUUAAUAUUUCAUGAAUGUAUCAAUAACAUUACUGUGAACUGGUAUCUGACACAAGUACUGUGAAGGUCAUUUUUUUGUUUUGGCAGAUUACAAUGGAUGGUGUUUCAGUAAAAUGUUUUCUGAUGCAGUGGACCUUACUAUUCUCCAUCACUCUGAAUAAUUUUUUGCAGAUAUUUUUAGGAAGCAGGUAUUUUGAUGAAUUUAAACUUAUAACUGUCCCUAGAUAAAUCUGCUUUCUACCAAUAUGGAUAAUAGAACUAUGUUUGAGUGCACAACUAUACUUGUACUUGACAUCUUCAAACCGAUCAAUUACUAAAGCAAAAGCAAACUAAACUCUGGAUACAGAUUCCCUGUGAUAAAACAUGGUAGAAAUUCUCAGCUAAUCAGGUAGUAUCUGUGGAAUUCAGUGAUGUGAAAGCUUAACUCUAAUUCUUCCUCCUAGUGGCGUGCUCAAUGAUUUUUCGGCAGGACUGUCAGUACUCCACUGGUUUAAACUGAGGUGCAAGUAAUUUCAGCUGCCGAUCUUACAUUGAUUUUAAAUAUAACAUUUAAAAAAUACAAAUUCAUGUAAAUAACAUGUGUAGGAUAUUAUAAAUAAGGCACCUGAAAUUCUCAGAGAAUUUACAUCUUUAGUCAUGCUACCUUGACGUAGAGGGUCAUCUCUGACUUGACCACAUAAAGGAGCUGAUGGAGUGGCAUAUUUUCUUUAAGAGAAGAACAAAUUGUCUAGCUUUUCACCUGGCUGAGCAAGCAGUGGUCUGGGACCAGUUGUUUUCUCCCAACUUUGUCUUUUUCCAGCCAGCCCCCGUCCCCCUUUCUCCACAUCCCACCACCACCUUUUGGUUCGCAUAUUGCCAUAAUAGCUGAAGUGAAGAUUUGCCUGCAAGACUCUGCAUUCGACCUUACCUAUUAUUUUCAACUUGAACAAAAUCCUACAUGAACUCCUGAGGAUGGGGCACAGCAAGGAAGAUCAAAACCGAGAAGGACUCCACAUUCCCUGUUUUUAUGCAAAACUAUUUCUUUAUUACUACUUACUUACCACUGGUAUCUAGGGGAGCAACGUAGGUCCUCCAUCUCUGGCAGUGUUUAGGAUUGCUUCCAUCAUAUCAGUAUCUUUCUCUCGGUAUUCACUAUUGUCUGGCAUGCAUGACCCAAAUGGAGGCUCAGGAAUACCACUGCACUCUAACCUAUAAGGGUUCUUCAUUGAUGUUUCCAUAAAAAUUUUGUUUUACCAGUCAGGGUUGUUAACCCUGAGCUGAACCCCUGAACUUGGGGGAUGGGUGGACCACUCUGCCCUUUAACCUGUUUGGCAUGGGUGAUCCUACCAAGAGAUAUUGUAUAAAUCCCUGACUCCAGCCAAUGUACAGGUCAUCGAGGCCCGCAAGCCUCCAAACCACAACAUGGUUGUAGUGCUGACAGUAAUAGAAGGCAGCUAUUUCUUUAAGUCAGAAGAAAUGCUAAAGGGAAUAGACAAGUUAGAGUUGGGGAAUUACUUCGAUGAGUUGAGGGUUGAGUCAACUACUCUCUAUAAUAAUAGGGUUUUUAGCCCAAAAUUGAGAAGUUUGGCUGUUUGUUUAGUUAAGCAUUAAAUCGCUUUGGUAUAUAUUGAGUUUUAGAAUUUGUGUAAAAUCACUGAGGAAAUCAUUAAAAUUGUAGAAACCAUGUUCAGCAUAAUUAAAAGGCUUCAAAGUUUGUCUUUUAUUACAAACAUUAUUGAUAAUAAUGCUAAAGAAAUAUAAAUUGUAUUUCCAUUCAAAGUUUGAGUUUUAUUUACAUGAGAGACACCAACUGGAUUUUUCACCAGAAAACAAUCAGAUUCUGUUAUGUCAACUGUUGAUUGUUGCUGAUUAGGCCAUUCUCUAUAAAACACCAUUUUAAACCUUAAAUUCAUGCAUUGGAAAAACUUUAUAAUGUGACUGAUGUUAUAAUGCUUACAUUGAGCAUGAGAUAUAAAUAGAAUUCCGUAAUUGCCUAUUAAGCUUUUUUUUAAACCAUCCUUUUUUUUUUGCAUACUUUGUUUCAUUGUUAAUUACAAACUUGCAGAAGGGUUGUUUAAUGUUUUCCAAUUCCACAUUAAAUAGCUUUGGCAGCAUUAGACUUUUCCCAUCACAGUGGAAUUUACUCUGAUAACCUUAGAAGUUAUAUCGCCUCAAAUAUUUGAUCGAUCAAUAGCUGUCCGGGGUACUAUUUAUAAAGUGCUAUGCACCUUAAAGAAGAAAAAUAAUUGAAUCCGUUGGUAAAAUUGAGGGCUGUGCUAAUAUUUGCAGUAGCUAAGCAAAGAAAGACUGUCACUGCUGAGCUCCUGUCAUAAAACAACAUUGAAUUCAUAGGAAGUCCAUCAACAUCUGCAAUAAGCCAAGAUACAUCACAUGAAAGUCUAGAAUAUAAAAGAAAUGUUGUUUCUUUAAAAGGAUAUUGCUCAGUUUUAGUUACCUUUGAGAAUGUGCUGGUAACCUGCAGUUUUGAAACAGUUUAGUUCUUCCAGUGAAGGUACUCCCACAGAUUUGAUCAGGGGGCUGUUCCAGGAGUUAGACAUAGUAGCAAUGAAAGGAGAGUGGUAAAUUUCUAAGUCAGCAUUGUGUGUGAAUUGGAGUGGAACUCGAAGUUAAUUCCAUCCAUCGUGUUUGCUAGCCUUAAAAAUUCAGAAGUUGCAUGUUGCAACAAUUUCUGAAAUUUAUCAUCUUAUGUCUGAAAACUUUUUGUUCAGACUAAAGGAGCCUAAUAUUUCAAUAACAGGGACUUAAUUAAAAUUGUUCAGGAUGAUAUAAUUAUUACAAUUAUUUCCAACUUCCUUAUUUCAAAUUUGAGGAAUACUAUGCGCAUUCUACACUCAGGUACAGGAGUGGAACCAGGUGUGGUCUUUUGCUGCUGUAGCCCAUCCACUUCUAGAUUCAAUGUGUUGUGUGUUCAGAGAUGCUGCUCUGUACACCACUGUUGUAAUGCGUGGUUUUAUGGAUUACUGUAGCCUUCCUGUCGGCUUAAACCAGUCUGGCCAACCUCCUCUGAGCUCUUACAUUAACUGGGUGUUUUCACCCACAGAACUGCUGCUCUCUGGAAGAUUUUGCUUUUUGCACCAUCCUCUAAACUCUGGAGCCUGUUGUGCAUGAAAAUCCCAGGAAAUCAGCAGUUCCUGAGAUACUUAACCCACCAAUAAUCAUUCCAUGAUCAAAGUCUCUUAGGAUCAUAUUUCUUUACCAUUUUAGUUUUUGAUCUGAACAAAAACUGAACCUCUUGACCACGCAUCCAUGGUUUUAUGCAUUGAGUUGUAGCCACGUGUUUGGCUGAUCAGAUAUUUGAAUUAACAAGCAGGUGUACCUAAUAAAGUGGCCACAGAGUGUAUAUAUUAAUUUCAGCAUCCUAAGAAAUGUUAUUCUUUACUGCUUAAUGAGCCUAAUUUCUCUCCCAAGGGCAGCCAUGAUAUUCAAGUCCGUUUUGCUUAUGUGCACUUAUUUUUAAAAGAAUCAAUAGGCUUGUAUUUUUCUUCCUGUUUCAAUUUUUAGUUUAUUAUAUAUUCAGGAAGUCUAAUUCAUUGUUUGCCACUAUAGAUUUUGCUACUCUUUCAGUCAAUGUUAGGUUGCUAAAUUAGUGCUGUUAUAAAAUCAAAAAUGUUUAAAUAUAAUGAUGUAUUAUCAGACGUGUAGCUUAAAUAGCUGGAUUGGAGCUACAACACUGUGCUUGGUAGCUUUGAACUUUUUAUAAGAACUUCCAUAUAUGACCACAAUGCUAAAAUAAACAUCCAGAUUGCCAUAAAUUUAAAAAUAUUGCACUAACGAAUGCAAUACUUCACUCUCAUUUUAUUUUAGGAUAUUUGAAGUAGUGAUCUGGUGGUUUAGUAAAAGAUUUUGUAGUCAACACUGACAUUAAAGUAACCUACCCACAGUGAUCUAGAGUUCCUUGUGAUUUAAUUCACAUUUUCUGGUCCUCUUUUCUUUUGAGAAUCAAUUUUAUGAGGAUCCAAAGUAGUCAGCAACAUUCAUGUUAAUAAGCAGGUUAAGCAGUCAAUUUUAUCGAAGGAUUCUUUGAAACAGGAAACUAGGAAGAAAAAGCCAUGACUUUUAUGCAAUGUUUUAAAUUCUUACCAGAGUGGAACAUGCCAGGGUGAAGUAGAAGCUGAAAUGUCUUAACCUUUGAAAAUGAAUAUAUCUUUUGUUCCUUUAUAAUAGCCAUUAUAUUUUGCAAUAUUUUUCCAAGGAAAUUAACCCACAAAAUUAUUUUAAGAUCAUAAAGAUUUUAAAGCAAUAUAAUAAUGCUAUAAUUUCUAGUUAACACCAUCUACAACAUGUUUAACAUUUACUGGGUCACCUACACUUAAAAUAAUGUGGCAGAGGCUGAAGUUCAUUUCAGUUCAUUUGAUCAUACUGGAGGAGAUUGCAAAAUAGCACAUUGUACAAAUGAUCAAAAAGUCACUGAAUACACCAUUUGAAUUUCUACAUUUAGUUUUCCACAUUUAACUACAAAGACUUGUACUGAAAAACUCAUUGUCAGUUUCACUGUAUGAUGAUAGUAAAUGCUUAAAACAGUUUGUAUAUAGCAAGUGUUAAAUAGUUCCAAUAUGAUGAAAUAAUCAAAUAAACUGUAAAUAUUAAUGAAAACAGUGAUGAAUGACUGUUUUAUAAAUCUUAGUAACAGCAAGUUGCCUAAAAUUUAUCAUUCAUUAGUUAAUCAAAAUGAUCUUAGAAAUAUUUAAAGUUACACACACACAAUAUUUUUUCUUAGUGUAUACUUACACAUGCAUAGAAAUGAUUGAUCUAUCUUAUCAGUAAUGAAAAUUAUAGAGCUGUUGCAGUACAAUGUUUGUUUGUAAAAGACAUUUUAAGUACAUUUGAGAUAUAAUAUUGGCAGAGAGUUUGAAUGCUUAGCAGCAAAAAUAUAUAGAGAAGCAGUAAAAAUUAAAAUUGAUAUUUCAAAAUUAAGUAUGCAUUUUAUACAUUGGAAACAGUAUCAACUUCAUAAACUGGCAUCUGGUCAGUGAGAGUACUAUUCAGUUGAGGGGAAAAAUGGACAUCUGGCAUGAAUUCAUCUCUUUUUAUAUAUUUAAAUAGCUUUGCUAUUUCUGUCCGUUCAUCCGCUCAUAGGGAGUCGUAUGUAAUGAAGCAUGUAGUUGUAACUAGGCUAUACCUCAGCUGGAAAAUGUCAAAUUAUAUUAUGUAUUCUUCAAAAGCAUAAAUCAUGCUUAAGAUUUCUUUUUAAAAUGUGAAGGUAACGGGAGAAAAAUUGACGAUUUUGAUAAUAAGUCACCAGGAAUUACAAGAUGGAUUUCAUAAAAAAAACUUCCAUGUUAUUGUUGUCAGAAGCAGAGAUCUCAGGAGACCUUAAGUAUUCAUGGUACAAAUGUGAUUAUAAAGAUUGUAAGAUUAUGCAGAUGUUCGAAUGUACUGGGGAAUCUCAGGCAGCCUUUAUGCUUUGAAUGCCACAUUUGAAUGUUAAACAAUGCCUUUGAGAGACAAGCACAGUCAUAAAUAGGUUUUAAUUAUUUCUUGUGUAUCAUCAAGAUGUGGACCUGUGUGCUUUAAAUGUUUGUGUUUGUAAAAUAUUAAUUAAAAAGCAUAUAUAUCUGACUCUGCAGAUCCAUUCAACAAUGACCAGCAAUGUCUACCUUUUGUGAUGAUGUCUUCAUAAUAAAGAUAAAGGAACAGACACUGAGUCAGAUUGCAGGAAGUUUAUGCUAAUUAUUUCUAUUACAAUUGUAAUAAUGUGCAGUAUUGUUUUGUUAUUGAUGCUUAUUCUUUGAACAUACAUUUUUGUGUGUUCUACACUCUGUAAUGCAAUGCAUACUUGAAAUAAACAGAAUAAUAAACUUAUUUCCA